AUGUCUUCUGCAAUGUCUGAUGAAGUAGCGGAAGAUUAUCGUAUAGCUCUCGAGGCACUAACAUUGAAUUCAAGAUACGAAAUAAGCAACUUAACAGUGAUUGCUAAAGAGAAUACAGAGCACGCUCUUGCUAUUUCCGAAGCCCUGAAGGAUCAUAUCAAAACGACAUCCCCGCAAAAAAAGUUGCCAUCGUUCUAUGUUCUGGACUCCGUUGUAAAAAAUGUCGGAACACCAUACACCUUGUUUUUUGGACGGCAGCUUUACACGACUUUUAUGGAAGCAUAUGCUCUUGUCGACAACAAUGUAAGGAGGAAAAUGGAUGAAAUGCUUAAGACUUGGAAAGAACCUGUCCCUGGAUCCAUGGACACUCGACCUGUUUUCCCACCAGAGGUCACCCGACCGAUUGAAAACGCACUCAUCAAGGCAAAAACAUCCUUUUUGCAAGCACAUCAAGAGCAUAUGAGAACACAGCAGAUGACAAACCGUGGACGUCAACAACCAAUACAGCCAUCCUAUCGAGAGACACCUACUCCUCCUAACGUACAAAGACCUAUUCAACCACAACCACAGCCACAGCCCCAACAUCAGCUAUCUUCUACUGGAUCUAAUUACACUACUCAAAAAUUUUUUCCACCAGAAAAUCAAUCAUAUCCCGCUUCAUUCGGCAACCAGGCUUUUCCUAGUCUGACAAAUGGUCAUCAAUAUCCAAGCGUGCCAACAGUAUUGCCUUUCUCCGGUCAGCCGAGCGACCAACAGUAUAUUGGUGGUGAAAACUUUCAACUAGGAUCAGGGGCUAGUCGCCCGCAAUAUGAUAACCAAUCAAGAGUACAGUCCUUCGCUGUCCCGCUAAGAGGUGAUUUACCGUACGGUCAGUUUGAUGCCCGCCAGCCAAAUCAACAGUAUGGCCAACAAACAACUAGUCCACCGAAUUGGCAACAAUAUACAUCACAGGGUUUUCAAUCAGGCGAGGCUAGUAGAGAUACUUUGAACAGUGAUGUUGAAAGGCUCAUUGCGGAGUCUAAGGCGGCAUGGGCACGAAAUAUGCAAGAUACUGCUGCUUCAACCAGACUGAAAGCUUUACUUGAUUUACAGAGUAUUUUGCAAAACCAAAAAUUGCCGCCUGAUCAAAUAGCACUUAUUAGAAACCAAGUGGCUCAACUAUCUGAAGCUUCUAUGGCGCAAUCUGUUGCUAAAGCCCCUUCUACCCACGCUAUAGCCCCUUCUUUUUUAACACCGCAAAAUUCAUUGGAUUCUCUUCUAGGCCCUGGAGCUCUAGCUGCUCUUCUUGCGAGACAAUCUGCAAGCCCCCAAUUCUUAAAUCAACCCUCAGCCCAGCUACACCCACCUCAAUCUCCUUCCACCCAGACUCCUUAUCAGUUUACUCCCCAAGCUACUAGUGCUACUCCGAAUGCGAACAUUAGUAAUAGCCUAGGUGCAAAUGGCAAUGAUGCUUCAAACGCCGGCUCUAAUGCCGUUUUGCUCGAUAAGUUACGAGCUGCUGGCAUAAUUGGAGGCUCAACAGCCACGGAUUUAACCUCCAACACAGCAAAGCAAGUAUUUCAACCUGCGGGGCUCCCAAUUCCAUCACCCAGGUUGAAGGUUGCCGGUAUGGAAAUUCCCAAAGAUCUUGUGCUUAAAUCAGCAUCGCUAAAAAUUCCUCGGCCGCACCUGAUCUCCAGUCUCUACGAAAAUCUGGGCGUACCUUGCAGCCAAUGUGGUAGAAGAUUUCUUCCUGAUAUUGAAGGUAAAAAGAAGAAAGAAGCACACAUGGAUUGGCAUUUUCGUGUCAGACGAAGAAUGGAAGAAGCUGAGACACGUGGUCAACAUCGAAGCUGGUACGUUGAUGAAUUAGAUUGGAUCAAAUCCCGUGAAAUUGAGCAAGAGACUGUCGGAGCUACAAGCGAGCUAGCUAUUAUACCAUCAACUUCUACCGCCCUCAAAGCCCCCCCACUCGAAUACAUUCCUGUCCCCGAUGAUGCUGCGUCAGCGAACUGCUUAUGCCCUAUCUGUCAAGAAAAAUUUGAGAUGAUAUGGCUAGACGAGGCGCAAGAAUUUGUCUGGAUGGACGCGAAGGUGGUUGGAGAAAAAACCUACCAUGCCAGUUGCUAUGCUGAGGUAUCGAAAAACAUAUCGUCCCAGGUCGGUAUAGGUAAUCCAGAACAGACGGUACUAGGCAAGAGAAAAGCCGAUGAUGAACUAAUGACUUUCAAAACUAAGAUUAAAAGUGAGCCCCUGGCAUAG